GAAUAGUAAGAAAUGACCAAAAUAUCACUUUUUCAUUCUCAUCAUAUUUAUAUUGUACAACCAUUUCUCUAUCAAAUUCAGUUUAUUUGAGGCAAGUAUUCCUUCUAGAAGUAUUUUAAAAUAAUUUUUGUAUUAGGUGGGGUAGUGUUUGUUUACCUUAGCAACGACCAUAAGCAGGUAAAUAUUUUUGUUUUUGUUUUUUUUGUAAAUAAUACUUUUUAAUUAUUUUCUAAUGAAGUUAAAAUGCGAUAUGCUUAUAGAUAUAAAGGAAGUAGCUAAGGGAAUGUACUCUAUUACUUCACUGUCCCAGUCAACAAAAGCAUGUUUAUUUUCUGUUGGAUUUUGUGUAAUUUCUAGCAACAUUUUUUCGUUUUGGAUUGCUGCUGGCCUUGCAUCUAAGAAAGUUGCAGAAGAAAGUAUGGAAAAGGCUGCAAGGGAAGUGAAAGAAAAGGUUGGAAUCAGCAACGAAGAAGGCAUCACUGACUGCGGUGUGAGCGUUAAUGGGACAUGGCAGCGUCGAGGGCACUCGAGCCAUCAUGGCGUUGUUACAGCCAUAUCAAUAGAAACAGCCUCUCAGCACGUCACGACGGAGAAAACAAUCUCUGCAACGCUUCAGAGAGAUACAUUAUGGGUUCUCCUGAUGCGGAAAAAAAGCCUGGGACAGAGUAUAAUCCAUGGCUGUUCUCUCCCUGCAGUGUCAGUUACUUUACCAGCUUUUUGAAGAAAAAAUUGAGCUCUAGUCGAGGUUACACUUGCCUUGUCUACGCUGUCGAAGCAUCAGCAGACAUUCCAGAUGUAUCUGAUAAACUAUUGGGUCAGGUGAUCAAACCUGAUCAACAGUGUCAACAGUUUUUUGGAAAUGAUUCCUUCUUUUGCAGGGCUUCCGAAUCUAAACGCUCUAUCACUGAAAUCUGCCAAGCAAUGUUAUGUGCAGAUGUUUUAAGAGGGUUAUGUAUCCCGCAGAUAGCACUCACUGGAACGUCUUGUGGCGAUGGAAAGGUCUGUAUAAAUGGACAUUGUGUCAGCGACCCAUACGCUCCUCAACUUGAUGAAAACUGUGCAUUUGGAGACAGACCGAGCUAUUCUUGCAGUUUGUUUAUCAAUGACUUUAUGGGCAACUGUUACUCUACUCUUGGCUAUCGAGCAUGUUGUGACACGUGUAACAAUGUGUCUAGGCCCGUGAAAGGCUGUGAAUACAGAGAUAGAAUCAUCGAUUGUACAAAAGAUCACUGCUUGAAUUCUCAAGUGGAUUGCUGCGGCACGUGUAACUAUGGCACCCCCUUUACCCCAACGUACAGCACCAGAAGAAGCACACCUAAAAGAUCCACGACAGUAAAUCCCCUUGUGCUAUUCACUUCAAUUAAAGAUUGUAAACCAGGAGAUCAAGACUUGAGACCAGAACUGUGUACUAACUUUAGCAUCUGCCUAAUACAGCCAACACAGUGCUGUCACUACUGCUCGUCAUAUUACACGUCUGCAACUACAAGUACCACGACAACGAGACCAUUGAUACCAUCCACUUCACCCAAAACUAAAUGUGAACCAGGAGAUCUAGACUUGAGGCCAGAACUGUGCACUAACACUAGUGUCUGCCAGACAAAGUCAUCACUGUGCUGUCACUUUUGCUCGUUACAUUACAAGUCUGCAAAUACAAGUACCACACAAUUUACGUCCCCCAACGAGUGUGUACUAGGAGAACCAGAUUUAAGUCCACAGCUGUGUACUAGCCGUAGUAUCUGCCAGACACAGCCAUUGAUGUGCUGUAAAUAUUGUUCUUCCCGAGACAAUUCUGCAAGCCAUCUCUCUUUAUACACUAUUUGGAUAUAUUGUUUUUGUAUUGCGUUUUUUCUUUAUAUUAAAACAAAUGUCUAUUAGGUAGAUAAAGUACAAAUGUCUAUUAAGUAGAUAAAGUACAAAUGUCUAUUAGGUAGAUAAAGUACAAGACUCUUAGGUAGAUAAAGUACUUACCCUUGUUCGGAAUUUUUUUUUAGUUUUUGUCUAUUUCUUAUCUUUAUACCAUUUUAAGCAUUGUUUACACAAGGAAAUCAAUUAUAAUGAAGCAAUCUAUCAAUCAUAAUGAAGCAAUCGUUGGUGUACUGUGCAUGAAAUAAUAGACCUCUAAAACAUGUAACCAGGGCCGGCCUUAGAUAAUGAGCCUCCUUGUCCUUAUCAUUAUGAGGAACAUUUUGUACAUCCUCUUAUAAUUCUGGAUCUAGAGAUAAAUUAUGUUGCUUGUUUUUAUUUCUUUUAUUAAACAGUUUCAAGUUCUUUAUAUAA